AGUCGCGCCGGGGGCCCCACCGAAGAGCCGUUGGCGGGUUCGGGGCCGAUACCCGCUCGUGGGAAGCCGUGUCCGCUGUCGUCCGAGCCCGUCCCCGCUCGCUGCCGGCCGCCGCCAUGCUGGCGCUCAUCUCCCGCCUGCUGGACUGGUUCCGCUCGCUCUUCUGGAAGGAGGAGAUGGAACUGACGCUCGUGGGGCUGCAGUACUCCGGCAAGACCACCUUCGUCAAUGUCAUCGCGUCUGGUCAAUUCAGUGAAGAUAUGAUACCCACAGUGGGCUUCAACAUGAGGAAAGUAACUAAAGGCAACGUCACAAUAAAGAUCUGGGACAUAGGAGGACAACCCCGGUUCCGGAGCAUGUGGGAGCGGUAUUGCAGAGGAGUCAAUGCAAUUGUUUACAUGAUAGAUGCUGCAGAUCGAGAAAAGAUAGAGGCCUCUCGAAAUGAACUGCAUAAUCUUCUAGAUAAACCACAGUUACAAGGAAUUCCAGUACUAGUACUUGGAAACAAGAGAGAUCUUCCAAAUGCCUUGGAUGAAAAACAGCUAAUUGAAAAAAUGAACCUGUCUGCUAUUCAGGAUAGAGAAAUUUGCUGCUAUUCAAUUUCUUGCAAAGAAAAGGAUAAUAUAGAUAUCACACUUCAGUGGCUUAUUCAACACUCAAAAUCCCGGAGAAGCUGAGACAUCUUCUGAGUCUUCCGGUCCUUCUUGGCUAUAAUCCUAGAACUACUGUCGUUCCUCUGAAGUACUUCCCAGAACAUGGUCCUUCCUAAAUCCAA